CAUCCCACACACCGCUGUCUUCCCAGCCCAACGCCCUGUGUUACAUAUUCAUUAGCCUACUGCUUCGGUGCUUUAAUCAAUGAAUGGACCGCCAAUACUAGGAGGAGGGACUCUGGGCUGAUGUUUGAAAGAUGCUAUCGAAUUAAACGGCAGUUGAGCCUGGCGGCUGUCCAACAAGGCAUGACAUCAUAGUCCACACAGCUUGAUAGUUAUGCGAUCACUGAUAAUGAGCUACGUUAUUCCGAGGAAAAGGUUGUAGGCUACACAACAUACGAUUUCUGUAACAGCGUUUUGGUUUUUCUUGUCGACAUUGGAUUAUCUGCGUGUUUGAAGCAGCUCCUGGGAGCCUCUGGGGUGAUGAUGAUGAGAGAGAGAGACACUGAAACACUUUCUCCCUGCUCUCUUUGUGACCGAAGUCUUUUUCAAAUCUCUGCCGUCCAUCUCUCCCCUUAUUAACAAGUAACUAGGUCAUCUGGAGAACACGCGUUGAAAGAUGCUGAGCUAAGGCCUCAGAGCAGGCCGGACACCCUCCACUGCAUGUUCUGCAUCCCAUCAGGAGGACUGUUGCUUCGAGAGGCUCGUCGCCUACAGAACACAACCCAGUCCCCCUUCUGUGGCUGUGGACAGGCGGCGGGCGCUCAGAGCACCAACCCGACAAUGGCUGCACCGGAGGUGACCCAGAGUGCAACUGGCAGUUGUAUUGUUGGGGAACGUCAGUCAGACACACUUGAGCGGCCCCUCUUCCCCAGGUCUUCCUUUUGUGCACAGAAUACUAAAUUAUUCCAGCUCUGGAUCUGUCUUGGAAUAUUUUUUAGGGGACAUUCUUUCAACCGCUGCAGCCUAGCAACCCUGGGCCAUGUUGCUAAGCAGCCCUCUUUCAUAUAAUGCGCACACUCCCAUCCUCCCACCCCACCAUGACACCUUUAAAGGGAUGUUACAUUUUAGCAGACAUGAAAACAUUUAGAUGAGGUUUUAGGUAACCUUUAAAAGGCUAGAGGCUGCAGACUCAACAGAUGUAUCUGCCAACGUGAUGAUGCCCUGUAGCCACAUUGUUGCACAGUUAUGACUAAAUGAUGAUGCCGUGGGCUAUACACUGACUGUUAUUUCUCGUGAUAUUAUAAUAUGCAGUUGUUUAUAGUGCCCAUCCAGGUUGGGGUUCUUCAAAUCCAUUUCACAAUACAAGAGAUCUAUUGAAACCCCUGUUUGAAAAUGGCAGUUUAUUUACCAUUGUUACCAUUGAGUGUUUCUAUUGAUUUACUUCCUGUUCCUUUACUGUUCAAACCAGUGACUUAGGGGAGCAACCAUAUGCUCCUGAAGCACGGGCGGAGUCGGGCCUUAGCCCAACACAUAACGGCUAUUUGUGUUUAAACAGAGCAGCCUCUGUUUCCCCUGAGAUUGAUGUGUUGUGACGUGGGCUGGGCGGGAGGUGGCACGCUGUGGCUGGCCCCUCUUAAUUAGGACAGGGCACCCCCAGGAUCGCACCCCUCUUUGUCUCAGCCAAUCUGUGCCCUGCUGGGGAGCUCGGCUCAGGUCAGCUAGUCACAUCCAACAACCAAAUAUGGUUCAGCGUUUGAGUAGCCUAGACAUAGCCUUAUUUACUAUGAAAACAUAUGGGAAGUAUUGUAAGACAGCAGUCUGUCGCAGAGCAUAUGUCAAGAUCUGUAUUUAUUGCAGUACAAUUUGUCCAAAAUGUAAAAUAUUGGUUUAUGGAGGAUCAUUAGUUUAGUAUAUUCAAUUAUUCUGUCUCUCUCUGCUCUCUCUCUCUGCUCUCUCGGGUGAAGCUCACAGAUCCGUCUACCUGUUCUCACUAAAGCCAAGAAAUGAAUCUCCCAGGUGUCGAUAGAGUCAAGCCUGUUGAAGUUUCUCAUCAGUUUACUGACCCCAGAGGUGUGUGUCUCGUGAGAUUCAAACUUUAACGAGACAUUUUAUGAGCAUGGAUUCCCUCCUAUUGUUUUUGAACUGAAGUCAAGCCUUGUGUAAUGGAACUCAACUGGUCUUUUGGCUUUACUCACUGAAAUACUCUUCCAAUCGUUUUGAACCUCUCUUUCACUCACUCACUCAUGACGUGGACACGGUAAGACUGGGGUAGAAGUGGUGGGAGUGGUCCUCCGGGUCAGGCCUCAGCCUGCGAGGGCAGUGGAAAUUGCAGCUUGCCCACGCCUGGGGGGAAGGAGAGGGAGGAGAGCGUGGCUUUGACAGUGACCCAGAUUCAGCCUGAAACAGCACUGGUUCUAACCCGGCUGGAGGAGUGUCCGUAUCUGAGCUAGAUGGAGGUGUGCCUGAUCCAAACAUCCACCAACACAGGACUCCCUGUGUGAACCUGGGGUUCGAGGGGCCUCCUGACCCUCUGUCGGGGGAGCCUUCAUCCGGGGAAGCCCUGAGGGAGCACCAGUCCAAGCUGGAGUUUGCCCUGAAGCUGGGCUACGCAGAGGAGCUGGUGCUGGCCAAGCUGGGACCGUACACACUCAUCAACAACAUACUGGGAGAGCUGGUCAAACUGGGCCGUAAAGGCAGAGACAAACCAACAGCUGACUGGGUCCACAGCUUCACAGCCCGCCCCCUCAUCCUCCUGCUCCUCCUCUUCUACCUGUGGGUAUGUGGAGGCGCAGCAGGGUAGGUCAGACUCCCCCUAUUAGACAGACCUCCUCCUUGGGGACAAGGACAACCUGCGGCCCGUCGUCCUGGACGGUAGCAACGUGGCAAUGAGCAUCCAGCUGGCUGUUGAUUGGUUCCUGGAGCGAGGUCACCGUGACAUCACUGUGUUUGUGCCUUCCUGGAAGAAAGAGCAGUCCCACCCUGAUGCCCUCAUCACAGACCAGGAUACCUUGCGUCGUCUGGAGAAGGACAAGAUCUUGGUGUUCACUCCGUCGGGUCCAGGGUCGCCGGGUGACGACCGUUUCAUCGUCAAGCUGGCCUACAAGUCCGACGGCAUCAUCGUCUCCAACGACAACUACCGCGACCUGGCCAGUGAGAAGCCAGAGUGGAAGAAGUUAAUUGACGAGCGGCUGCUCAUGUAAUCAGUUUGUCAACGACAAGUUCAUGUCUCCUGAUGACCCUCUAGGUCCCUCUGCCUGAAAUAUGCAGUGGGUUGGUUAAAAAACAAUACAACCUUUUUAUUUUGUAACGAAGAACCUUCUCUCUGGCACUGUCAGUGAGGGCAAAAAGUCAUGCCUUUACGACACAUGUAAUACUCUGAACCAUGUUCAGCAAACUUAUGCAUGUUUUGGUAACACUUUCUUUUAAUAGUCUGUAAUUAAACAUUAGUUGUCUUUUUGCAGCCCCUAAUCUAAAGUGAGCGCUAUUUAUACUUUAUACAUAUUGAGUGACGUGACAUUGGUAGACAUUUCAGCAGUACUUGGUAAAAUAAUAAACUGACAACAGGAUAUUUAAGGAAAUAUAUAGACUAUGAUUAAUAAAUGGUGUGUACUGUUUAUAAUUAACUUUGUUUAUUACGGAGCCUUAAAGUGUUACCCAUGUUUUAUUCAAGUGUUCGUGUCUUUUCAAUCAGAUUUGUUUUGUUGAGCUUGAUGUAUCAGUUCUGUUGUAUUCUAUUAGCUUGACAACUCCAUGCCUAUUAAAUAUAGUUUUGGUUUGUAAUCUUCA